ACACAACACACAUUAUCUGAAUAAUCAAAAGAAAGAAAAAAAUGGGAAAGAAGAGCUCUGUAUCAACCCUCUGCUUCAUACUCAUAAGCUUCAGUCCCAUUCUUGUUUCCGCACAAACUUGUAACAAAGCUGCUGCGACUUUCAAACCCAAAGUUCAGGACAAACUGAUAAACAUAGGGACGGGAAACAGAGUUACGGAUUUAUUGCUGCGACACUUGUUGUUGUUGAGAUCGUAUGCUUUAAAAUUUCUCUUUACUUUUGCAUCUGGCGAAAAUGGAAGCUGGAAACCUCUCAAUUUGGUUCGAGCCGUCUGUUUUUCUCAUGGUCAUGUGACAAAACUUGCUUCGCACGCUACUCGAACCGGGACAGAUCUGCAUCAGACCCAUUAGCCGAGAGAUUGCUGCAAGGUUCGUGUCCUUCGCUUGCUCUGUUGAUGAUGCAUUGAUCGCAAGUGUUAGUCCUCGUUGAAUCUGAAGCUAAAAUCUAUCCUUCUUUCGUAAACCCAAAAUGGUGUUAGUCCUCUAUGCUGUUCUCUUGCUUCCAAGAGUGGUUCAAGCCGGUUUCUUCAAAACUUGAUAUUUGUUCUUGACUGACAAGCAACUGAUGAGCCCUAAAGGAUAUUACUCUUGGUAACGGACUUAUAUAUUGAUAGACCGAAUGUAUUUUAUUAUUAGAUGCUACUGUUAAUAUGAAGGGGUAAAAGGUAAAUGUCCUAUUAUGUUCUAGUGGUAUUAAGUUAGGCUCAACUGUAUGUUAUUCUCAUUAAUUUCCCUCACCUACAAUCAAAGUUGACUUAUAAGAUUCCAAAAGUCUCCCACAAUAAUUCAAACUUGUCACCUUUCUCAUUAAUGUGCAUGUGCCGCCAUUCAAGUAAGACUAAUACAAACUCUUUUUUUUUUUUUUUUAAGACUAAUACAAACUUUUGAUAAGAACCACAUACUUUAACACACAAUCAUUAUCUAAAUAAUCAAAUCAAGAAAAAAAAUGGGAAAGAAGAGCUCUGUAUCAAUCCUCUGCUUCCUACUCAUAAGCUCCACUCCCAUUUUUGUUUCUGCACAAACUUGUAACGAAGCUGCUGGGACUUUCAAACCCAAUAGUCCAUAUGAGAAGAACCGCCGUCUCAUCAACUCUACUCUUGCUUCUAACGUCACGGCUCUCGCCGGCUACUUCAACGGCUCCAUCGGGGUAGGCCCUGACAGAGUCUAUGCAUUGGGGAUGUGUGCUCCGGAUGCUGAACCACAAGCUUGCUCCUACUGUAUCCAGGGCGCCUCAGAUAGUAUACUAAGUACCUGUUUGAACCAAACUGAUGCUUUCAUGUGGUCAGGUGAAGAGAUCUUUUGCCUUGUUCGCUACUCUAGUAAGUCCUUCUCUGGGGUCCUCGCCUUAGAGCCUAUUACACCGUUUUAUAAUCAAAAUGACAUAAGAGAGGAAAACCAGAAGGAGUUUGAUAGUGUCUGGGACGGGUUAGUGCUUCCUAUGAUCACAAGAAUCUCUUCCUCGGUUAGAAACAGUUCAUCUACUUCUUUAUCGUUGUCUGGUAAGUACUAUUCAAAGGAUGUAGCUCCAGUGCCGGUUUAUGGGAACAUAUUGGUGUUGCUGCAAUGCACUCCAGAUAUUUCUUCAAAGGAUUGUAGUCUUUGUCUAGAGACAAGCGUUGAUUACUAUAAGAAAUGGUUUCAUACGAAGAGAGGCACCAUUUUAUUGCGGCCAAGUUGCUUUUUCCGGUGGGAGUUGUAUAAUUUCUCUGGUGCUUUUGAUAAUAUUAAUGCUCAACAUCCGCCUUCACUGCCGCCUCCAAAGAGUCCUUCUGUAUCUAAUUUGACUAAUAUAACCAAGAAAGAUAAAAAGGUCUCAGUAGGUAUUAUCCUAGCGAUAGUUGUAGGUAUUGUUGUUACCAUAGUAUUGAUUUCUUUAGGCCUUGUCAUGUUCAAGAGGAAAAAGAAAAACCAAGACAUGCAACUUCCAACGGAAUCUGUUCAAUUUGAUUUCAAGACAAUUGAAGCUGCAACGAGCAAUUUUUCAGAGGCCAACAAGCUUGGUGCAGGUGGAUUUGGUGAGGUUUACAAGGGCAUUCUCAUGAAUGGAACCGAAGUUGCAGUAAAGAGACUGUCCAAAACAUCAGGACAAGGUGAGGGAGAGUUCAAGAAUGAGGUUGUUGUUGUUGCAAAACUUCAACAUAGGAAUCUGGUUAGACUUCUUGGGUUUUCACUACAAGGAGAAGAAAAGUUACUCGUCUAUGAGUUUGUUCCCAACAAAAGCCUUGAUUAUUUCCUCGUUGACGCUAGUAAGAGAAUUCUGUUAGACUGGACAACGCGACACAACAUCAUCGGUGGGAUCAGUCGUGGGAUUUUAUAUCUUCAUCAAGAUUCACGGCUCAAGAUCAUACACCGCGACCUAAAAGCUAGUAACAUUCUGUUAGAUGCUGAUAUGAAUCCAAAAAUUGCUGAUUUCGGAAUGGCAAGGAUCUUUGGAAUGGACCAAACUGUAGACAACACAUCAAGAGUAGUUGGAACCUUCGGUUACAUGCCACCUGAGUAUGUGACACAUGGACAGUUUUCAAUGAAGUCAGAUGUGUAUAGCUUCGGAGUACUGAUUCUUGAGAUCAUUAGUGGCAAAAAGAAUAGCAGCUUCUACCAGAUAGAUGGUUUAGUUAACAACUUAGUCACUUAUGUUUGGAGACUUUGGGAGGACAAAUCAUUGCCUGAUCUCAUUGAUCCUGGUAUUAAAGAAGACUGUAACAUCGAUGAAGUUGUUAGAUACAUUCAUAUUGGACUGUUGUGCGUUCAAGAAAAUCCUGCAGAUCGUCCAACAAUGUCAACGAUUCACCAAAUGCUCACAACAAGCUCUAUUACUCUGCCUGUACCUCUGCCACCGGGAUUUUUUUUCGGGAACAGAUCAGGAACGACUUCUUCAUCCCAGGGAUUGGAGCCGAAUCAAUCGAGCAGCAAGUCUUUUACUUGUUCAGUGGAUGAAGCAACAAUUACUGAGGUUAAUCCUCGUUGAAUAGUGAAGAUGAUCUGUUUGGUUUACGUUGUUUCUAGUUUCCACAAAGGCUGCAUGAGCAUGGAGCGGAUAUCCGGAAAAAUCUCACGUAUCUGUGAUCCGCUUCAUCUCGUACAAAUACUUGAGUUUUACGUAUCUGUGAUCUGCUCCGUCUCGUACAAAUACUUGAGUUUUUGAUCUGCAUUCGCUUUAUACGA